GAGCGCGAUCCCGCGUCCACCAUGCGGCUCGUAUGAAUAAUUGUAUACCGAGUGAAUGAAUCGAUGCGGAGGCGCGAGCGGCGGGGAGGCGGGCGGCGGCGCUCGCUGCGUGGAGGGGUGCGCCGCGCCGCGGCAGUCUUGUGCCGGUAGUCGGUAGUGUAACCGAGCGACUACGGGAGCCGUCCCCGCCGCGUCGUCGCUCGCUCGUAGUCGUAGUGCGCCCGUCGGCCCGCCCCACGCCGCUGGCGCUUUUUCCAUGGAAACCCAAAAUCAGGAUGUGGCCAACAGCCCCGGCGAGGUGCCCAACGACCCGGGGUACGUGAAGAUGUUCGUCGGAGGGCUAAGCUGGCAGACUAGUCCAGAAAGCCUACGAGAUUACUUUAGUAAAUUCGGCGAAAUCACAGAAGUAAUGGUUAUGAAAGAUCCUACCACAAGACGGUCGAGGGGAUUCGGGUUCAUCACAUUUGGCGAUCCCGCUAGUGUAGAUAAAGUUUUAGCUCAAGGAACACAUGAAUUAGAUGGAAAAAAGAUUGACCCCAAAGUGGCCUUCCCAAGAAGAGCACAUCCUAAGAUGGUGACCAGGACAAAGAAAAUCUUCGUAGGAGGGCUAUCAGCACCCACAACGCUGGAAGAUGUCAAGAAUUAUUUCGAACAAUAUGGACCGAUUGAAGACGCAAUGCUCAUGUUCGACAAACAGACCAAUAGGCACAGAGGUUUUGGUUUCGUCACGUUUCAAAGUGAAGACAUAGUAGACAAAGUUUGCGAAAUUCAUUUUCACGAAAUCAACAACAAAAUGGUGGAAUGCAAAAAGGCACAACCGAAAGAAGUAAUGCUUCCAGCGAAUCUGGCGAAGACGAGAGCCGCAGGACGCGGCGCCUACGAUUUCAUGUGGUCAUUGGGUGCUCUUCCUGACGGAUUUCCCGCAGCAUACGCCGCCUACGCGGCAGGACGUAGCUAUUCGGGCUAUCCUAGCUUCGGGCUACCAUAUCCUGCAGGUGUAGUGGGAGUUAUACCACCGGAAAGUCGCCUGUUGGUUGGUGUGGAGUAUGUUAACCCGAACGGGCUCGGACAGGGCUCAUAGGUCGUUUGGCGACGGACCUCGCGCAACAACCGACCUCGGCGCGCCACAGCUAAACCGAUACGUUACCCUGAAACCCCGAAAACGACCUAGGAAACUCUUCAAUAAAUAAAUAAUAUUGCAAUUCAAAUAACCUUAUAGUAUCACGCCUUCCCCUGCCGAAUCGAAGCUAAGGAAUGCAAUGUCGUAAGCACGGUAUAUGAAUCAGUAAUGCACCGCGAUUUCGCAGAUGUCUCGUGCUAAUCGCCCGGCUAGGUUUGCCCCUAUAGCUCGAUCGAAUUUUAAUAAUUUAAACCUAUUAUCUAACAAAAGCGGUAUCCCUCAGGAAGCAAACCAAUGUUCGAUUUAGGCAGCGUUCGCAUUGCACAAGUAAUUCAUAUUUAUAUUGUAAUCCAUGUGUCAAAUUUUUAAUGUAUUAAAUACUAAGUCAACGAUAUUGUUCUAAUCGCUGUUUCGACAUAUCGUCUUACUAAUCUUAAGGUACUUAUUAUACUAUUGUGAAGCCGCUCUAUUUUAAAAAUAAAGGAAUUUGCCAAUGUAUAAGCAAAAUGUCUUGUAUUACUAUCCAAU